AUGAAGGUGGGUCAGGAUGCGAGCAUUUGAUUGCCAAACCAUGAGGUCACAAGAGUCUUCCCGUGCUGAAUGCUAAGAGCCUGCUCCUUCAUUUUGCAGCUUUACACCGAUGCCAUCUCCGGCGACGAGCUCGUCUCUGAUGGAUACAAGAUCAGCGAGGUGGAUGACGUAGUGUACGAAGUGGAUGCUGCUCAGAUCGUCGUCAAGGAGGGCGAUGUCGACAUUGGUGGAAACCCUUCUGCAGAGGAGCAGGCGGAGGCACUCGAGAGCGGUGCUCAGACUGUCAUCAACGUCGUUCACACUUUCCGUCUGCAGAACACCACCUUCGACAAGAAGUCCUACCUCGCACACCUCAAGGUGAGUGUACCCCCUCCACCACCCUCCUGCCGCGGUGUUGUCUCGUCUGGAAUUGUACAGGCCGCGCCCAUGCGCCGCUAGACAUGGGUGGUGCUGUUGGCAAACCUCGAGCACGAUGAUCAGUCGGCUCGCACUCGUACCCGAGAGUUGCCGAGAGGCGACGGCAAGGGCAUGCCAAGCUACAAAAUUUCAGCCCCGACAUGGUCCAGAGGACACUUGCCACUCUCGCAACCCCAAAGGGCACCACCAAUCACAGCGCUCGCGCAACCGAGGUGCUGCAUUUUGCUGACCACUGCCAUUCCUGUCGUCCCGCGGCAUUUGCAGGGCUAUAUGAAAGCCGUCAAGACUAGAUUGGCAGCGGAGAACCCUGAUCGCGUGGACGCGUUCGAAAAGGCUGCCGGUGCUUUUGCAAAGAAGGUAGUCGGCAACUUCAAGGGUAAGUGUUCAGGGGGGGGACUGCGGAAGGUGGCAAGGAAAGGAAAGCAGUUCGGCAGCCCGUCUCAGACGCGUAGGGGCGAGCAGCCUUGCAAGUGGGAAGCUGGGAGCGCGAUCAGCUUGGGCGCUCAUGGGGCUGUAGAUGCUGACACGAGCUCGGAUCUUUUCACGCCGUCAGACUACGACUUUUACACUGGCGAGAGCAUGAACCCCGAUGCGUGAGUAGCAUACAGCCACACCUCUACACACCAGAAUGCGCAGAGGCUGAUUAUGCCGGCUUCUGGCCGACAGUAUGGUCGUCCUUUGCAACUAUCGCGAGGACGGUGUCACCCCCUACUUCAUCCUCUGGAAGGACGGACUCAAGGGUGAGUCAUGCACAUUGUCUGCAGGGCGUGGAUCAAAAUCGCUGACGAUUUCACUCCCUUCGCUUCUUUACAGAGACCAAGAUCUAG